GGCAGCGGAGGCGGCGGCGGCGGCGGCGGCGCGGGGGGUUGAGCUCUGGUGUUGCGGACGGACGCGCUCGUGCUCGGGAACUAUCGGAUUAAACUUGAAUCGAGUGAAAUUACACAAAGGAGAGAAGAGGAGAAAGGAGGACUAGGGGACCCCGGAGACCCUGAAACUCACCAGAGCCCAUUUCACCCGCGGCCAACUCUCUGCCCGUGAAUUAAACCCCCCCUGGCAGCGGCAGCCCAGCUCAACUCCGGGGUCCGCUCUGGGUUUUGUUUUCCCCUCUGGCCGAGGGCACCGGCAGAGACCCCCCCCCCUCCCCGCCAACUGGAUCUAUUCUAAGGACGACAAAAAAAUCUUAAUGACUAUGAUCUUAGCAGCAUGAGUAGCUGAUUUAUCCCAGUUAUAAUUCCCGUUAGUUUGCAGUAAUGUGACUUAUAAUCAGACUUUGCUUGACACUGCAUGGUUCAAGGGAAUUAAGGAAAUAUGGAAUGACAUGAAGAAGAUUAGUUAAGGAUUAAAGGCUUUGGUGACAAACACCUCAGUGAAGUGGUGAAACAGACUAGCUCUCUCCAAGUGUAGCUCUGAGGAGCUGUGUGUUGGAAGAAGAUGGCAGAUCCAGGAAUGAUGAGUCUUUUUGGAGAGGAUGGAAAUAUUUUCAGUGAAGGGCUGGAAGGCCUUGGAGAAUGUGGUUAUCCUGAAAAUCCAGUCAAUCCUAUGGGUCAGCAAAUGCCUAUAGACCAAGGUUUUGCCUCUUUGCAAUCCUCUCUUCAUCAUCCUCCUACUAAUCAAAAUCAAGCAAAGUUGACCCACUUUGAUCACUAUAAUCAGUAUGAACAGCAAAAGAUGCAUCUGAUGGAUCAGCCUAACAGAAUGAUGAGUAAUGCCCCUGGGAAUGGUAUAGCCUCUCCUCAUUCACAGUAUCACAACCCUCCAGUUCCUCAGGUUCCUCAUGGUGGCAGUAGUGGUGGUCAGAUGGGAGUUUAUCCUGGCAUGCAGAAUGAAAGGCAUGGACAGCCUUUUGUGGACAGUGGCUCUAUGUGGGGACCACGGGCUGUUCAGGUGCCAGACCAGAUAAGAGCCCCUUACCAGCAACAGCAGCAGCCACCCCAGCCACCGCAGAAUCCAUCUGGAGCCCCUGGGCAGGGCCAUCCUCCACACAUGCAACAGAUGGGAAACUAUAUGGCUCGUGGUGAUUUUUCAAUGCAGCAGCAUGGUCAACCACAACAGAGGAUGAACCAGUUUUCUCAAGGUCAAGAAGGCCUUAAUCAGGGAAAUCCUUUUAUUGCCACCUCAGGACCUGGCCACUUGUCUCAUGUGCCCCAACAGAAUCCCAGCAUGGCACCUUCUUUACGUCACUCAGUCCAACAGUUUCAUCACCAUCCCCCCACUGCUCUCCAUGGAGAAUCAGUUGCUCACAGUCCCAGAUUCUCCCCUAAUCCUCCUCAACAAGGGGCUGUUAGGCCACAAACCCUUAAUUUUAGUUCUCGGAGCCAGACAGUACCCUCUCCUACUAUAAACAACUCAGGGCAGUAUUCUCGAUAUCCUUACAGUAACCUAAAUCAGGGAUUAGUUAACAAUACAGGGAUGAAUCAAAAUUUAGGCCUUACAAAUAACACUCCAAUGAAUCCGUCUGUACCAAGAUACCCAAAUGCUGUAGGAUUUCCAUCAAACAGUGGUCAAGGACUAAUGCACCAGCAGCCCAUUCACCCCAGUGGCUCACUUAACCAAAUGAACACACAAACUAUGCAUCCUUCACAGCCUCAGGGAACUUAUGCCUCUCCACCUCCCAUGUCACCCAUGAAAGCAAUGAGUAAUCCGGCAGGUACCCCUCCUCCACAAGUUAGACCCGGUAGUGCUGGAAUACCCAUGGAAGUUGGCAAUUAUCCAAAUAUUCCCCACCCUCAGCCAUCACACCAGCCCCCUGGCACCAUGGGAAUUGGACAGAGGAAUAUGGGCCCCAGAAACAUGCAACAGUCUCGUCCAUUUAUGGGCAUGUCCUCAACACCACGGGAAAUUAGCGGGCACAUGAGACCAAAUGGUUGUCCUGGUGUUGGCCUUGCAGAUCCACAAGCAAUACAAGACCGUUUGAUACCUGGCCAACAGCACCCUGGUCAGCCCCCAUCUUUUCAACAGUUGCCAACCUGUCCUCCAAUGCAGCCCCAUCCAGGGAUGCACCACCAGUCUUCACCACCUCCACAUCCACAUCACCAGCCUUGGGCACAGCUUCACCAGUCACCCCAGAACACCCCCCAGAAAGUGCCUGUCCAUCAAUAUCUCUGCAAAGAAAACUACAGAUGGGAUCACAAAGAGUCAGAGACAGCUGAAAAAGGAAUAAAAAACAAUAGCAGCACCAGCAGUAGCAAUCAUUCUCCAUCAGAACCUUUUCUAGAGAAACCGGUGCCAGAGAUGACUCAGGUUAGUGGACCGAAGGCCCAACUAGUGAAGACUGAUGAUUACCUACCAUCUGUGGAGCAACAGCCGCAACAAAAGAAAAAGAAAAAGAAAAACAAUCAUAUUGUUGCAGAGGAUCCCAGUAAAAGUUUUGGUCAAGAUGACUUCCCCGGUGGUAAAGACAGCCAGGAGCUAGCCAGGAACUCAGUAGAUGGGUCCCAGGAAGAGAAAAAGAAAAAGAAAAAACCGAAGGCAAAAAGAGAUCCGAAGGAGUCUAAGGAACCCAAGGAGAAAAAGGAGCCUAAGGAACCCAAGACCCCGAAAACCCCUAAGAUCCCCAAAGAGCCAAAGGAAAAGAAAGCAAAAAAUACCACACCAAAACCCAAGUCUAACAAAAAGACCAGUAAUAAGAAACCAGAUUCUGAAGCAAGUGCUUUGAAGAAAAAAAUCAACAAGGGAAAAACAGAAGGUUCUGAAAACUCAGAUUUAGAAAGAACUCCGCCACCAUCUCCUCCUCCUGAAGAAGAUGAUGACCCAGGUGUUCAGAAGAGACGCUCUAGCAGGCAGGUUAAGAGAAAGCGUUACACAGAAGACCUGGAGUUCAAGAUUUCUGAUGAGGAGGCAGAUGAUGCAGAUGCUGCUGGGAGAGACUCCCCUUCAAACACCUCACAGUCCGAGCAGCAGGAAUCUGUUGAUGCAGAGGGUCCCGUAGUAGAGAAAAUCAUGAGUAGUCGAUCAGUCAAAAAACAGAAGGAGUCUGGAGAGGAGGUGGAAGUAGAGGAAUUCUAUGUGAAAUACAAAAACUUCUCUUACCUUCACUGUCAGUGGGCAUCCAUAGAAGACCUGGACAAAGACAAGAGGAUUCAACAAAAGAUUAAGCGAUUUAAGGCAAAGCAGGGCCAGAACAAAUUCCUUUCAGAGAUCGAAGAUGAACUUUUUAAUCCAGAUUAUGUAGAAGUUGAUCGGAUACUGGAUUUUGCACGAAGCACAGAUGAUAAUGGAGAGCCUGUGACUCAUUAUCUGGUGAAGUGGUGUUCACUUCCAUAUGAAGACAGCACUUGGGAGCUAAAGCAGGACAUAGACCAAGCUAAAAUUGAAGAAUUUGAGAGACUGAUGUCCCGGGAACCAGAAACAGAACGUGUGGAGCGACCUCCUGCUGAUGAUUGGAAGAAAUCAGAAAGUUCCAGGGAGUAUAAAAACAAUAACAAACUCAGGGAAUACCAGUUGGAGGGAGUAAACUGGUUACUUUUCAAUUGGUACAACACGAGAAACUGCAUUUUAGCAGAUGAGAUGGGUUUGGGAAAAACUAUCCAGUCCAUUACAUUUCUCUAUGAGAUAUAUUUGAAAGGAAUACAUGGCCCUUUCCUAGUAAUUGCCCCAUUGUCCACAAUCCCCAACUGGGAAAGAGAAUUCCGUACCUGGACGGAGUUGAAUGUGGUUGUGUACCAUGGGAGUCAAGCUAGUCGCCGGACCAUUCAGUUGUAUGAAAUGUACUUCAAAGAUCCACAGGGUCGAGUUAUAAAGGGGUCAUACAAGUUUCAUGCCAUCAUUACUACAUUUGAGAUGAUCUUAACCGAUUGUCCUGAGCUACGGAACAUUCCAUGGCGCUGUGUAGUCAUUGAUGAAGCCCAUAGGCUGAAGAAUAGGAAUUGUAAACUGUUGGAGGGACUUAAAAUGAUGGACCUGGAACACAAGGUGCUGCUGACUGGUACUCCAUUACAGAAUACAGUCGAAGAGCUCUUUAGCUUGCUUCAUUUCUUAGAACCAACUCGCUUUCCUUCAGAAACCACUUUCAUGCAAGAAUUUGGUGAUCUGAAAACAGAAGAGCAGGUGCAAAAGCUUCAAGCUAUUCUGAAGCCAAUGAUGUUGAGACGCCUCAAGGAGGAUGUGGAAAAAAAUUUGGCCCCCAAAGAAGAAACUAUUAUUGAAGUUGAAUUAACAAAUAUUCAAAAGAAAUACUACCGUGCCAUCCUGGAGAAAAACUUCACAUUUCUCUCCAAAGGGGGUGGUCAGGCUAAUGUCCCUAACCUUUUAAACACUAUGAUGGAAUUGAGAAAAUGCUGCAAUCAUCCGUACCUUAUUAAUGGUGCUGAAGAGAAAAUUUUGGAAGAGUUUAAAGAAACACACAAUGCAGACUCUCCAGAUUUUCAGCUCCAGGCAAUGAUCCAGGCUGCUGGCAAGCUAGUGCUGAUUGACAAGCUGCUGCCAAAACUGAAGGCUGGUGGCCACAGGGUGCUUAUCUUUUCCCAGAUGGUGCGCUGCUUGGACAUACUGGAAGACUACCUCAUUCAAAGACGGUACCCAUAUGAAAGAAUUGAUGGCCGAGUAAGAGGCAACCUUCGUCAGGCAGCUAUUGACAGGUUUUCUAGGCCUGAUUCUGAUAGGUUCGUUUUCCUCCUGUGUACAAGAGCAGGAGGUUUGGGCAUUAAUCUGACUGCUGCUGAUACCUGCAUCAUCUUUGAUUCAGACUGGAAUCCCCAAAAUGAUCUUCAGGCCCAGGCUAGAUGUCACAGAAUAGGACAAAGCAAAUCUGUAAAAAUCUACAGAUUAAUCACAAGAAACUCUUAUGAAAGAGAAAUGUUUGACAAGGCAAGCUUGAAACUUGGCCUGGAUAAAGCUGUUUUACAAUCCAUGAGUGGAAGAGAAAAUGCUACAAAUGGGGUGCAGCAGCUUUCCAAGAAAGAAAUAGAAGAUCUUCUACGCAAAGGUGCUUAUGGUGCACUUAUGGAUGAAGAGGAUGAAGGGUCUAAAUUCUGUGAAGAAGAUAUUGAUCAGAUCCUUCUGAGGCGGACACACACCAUUACAAUUGAGUCUGAAGGGAAGGGCUCUACAUUUGCUAAGGCUAGUUUUGUUGCAUCUGGAAAUAGAACAGACAUAUCCUUGGAUGAUCCAAAUUUUUGGCAGAAGUGGGCUAAAAAAGCUGAAUUAGAUAUUGAUGCUUUAAAUGGACGAAACAAUCUGGUUAUUGACACUCCAAGAGUGAGGAAGCAAACUAGACUUUAUAGUGCUGUGAAAGAAGAUGAGCUGAUGGAAUUUUCAGAUUUGGAAAGUGAUUCAGAAGAAAAGCCUAGCACAAAGCCCCGGAGACCUCAGGACAAGUCACAGGGUUAUGCAAGGAGUGAAUGUUUUAGAGUUGAAAAGAAUCUUCUAGUGUAUGGUUGGGGUCGGUGGACUGACAUCCUUUCUCAUGGACGUUACAAACGUCAACUAACUGAACAAGAUGUGGAAACCAUCUGCCGUACCAUCCUUGUCUACUGUCUCCAUCAUUACAAAGGAGAUGAAAAUAUCAAAAGCUUCAUUUGGGAUCUGAUCACUCCAACAGCUGAUGGCCAGACCCGGGCCUUGGUUAAUCAUUCUGGCUUAUCAGCACCAGUGCCAAGGGGAAGGAAGGGAAAGAAAGUGAAAACCCAGAGUGCACAGCCAGUGCUGCAAGAUGCUGAUUGGCUGGCAAGCUGCAACCCAGAUGCCUUGUUUCAGGAGGAUAGCUAUAAGAAACAUUUGAAACAUCACUGUAACAAGGUCCUGCUGCGUGUCCGCAUGCUGUACUAUCUAAGACAAGAAGUGAUAGGGGACCAGGCAGAUAAGAUCUUAGAGGGUGCUGACUCAAGUGAAACAGAUGUAUGGAUACCUGAACCUUUUCAUGCUGAAGUUCCUACAGAUUGGUGGGAUAAGGAAGCAGAUAAAUCCCUCUUAAUUGGAGUGUACAAACAUGGCUAUGAGAAGUACAAUUCUAUGAGAGCUGACCCAGCACUGUGUUUUCUGGAACGGGUUGGCAUGCCUGAUGCCAAGGCCAUAGCUGCUGAGCAAAGAGGAACAGACAUGUUAGCAGAUGGUGGUGAUGGGGGAGAAUUUGACCGAGAAGAUGAAGACCCUGAAUACAAACCAACCAGAACACCAUUCAAGGAUGAAAUAGAUGAAUUUGCAAAUUCACCUCCAGAGGAGAAAGAAGAAUCUAUGGAGAUACAUACUACAGGCAAGCACAGUGAAAGUAAUGCCGAGUUAGGCCAACUUUACUGGCCUAACACCUCAACCCUGACUACCCGUCUGCGCCGCCUCAUUACUGCCUAUCAGCGCAGUUAUAAAAGGCAACAAAUGAGGCAAGAGGCACUAAUGAAGACUGACCGACGAAGGCGUCGUCCUCGGGAGGAAGUGAGAGCCCUGGAAGCAGAAAGAGAAGCUAUUAUAUCUGAAAAACGUCAAAAAUGGACAAGAAGAGAAGAGGCAGAUUUUUACCGUGUAGUUUCUACUUUUGGAAUUAUUUUUGAUCCUAUGAAACAACAGUUUGACUGGAACCAAUUCCGAGCCUUUGCCAGACUUGACAAAAAGUCUGAUGAGAGUUUAGAGAAAUAUUUCAACUGUUUUGUAGCCAUGUGUAGGCGAGUAUGCCGAAUGCCAGCAAAGCCAGAUGACGAACCACCUGAUCUCUCUUCCAUGAUUGAGCCCAUCACUGAAGAGCGUGCCUCUAGAACUUUAUACCGCAUAGAACUGUUGAGGAAAAUAAGAGAACAAGUUCUUCAUCAUCCUCAGCUGGGAGAAAGGCUAAAACUCUGCCAGCCAAGCUUGGAUUUGCCGGAGUGGUGGGAGUGCGGUAAACAUGACAAAGAUCUGUUGGUUGGUGCUGCUAAACAUGGAGUCAGUAGGACAGAUUAUCAUAUCUUGAAUGAUCCUGAGUUGUCUUUCUUAGAUGCCCAUAAAAACUUUGCUCAAAAUAGAGGGACAGGUAGUGUAUCUUCCUUAAACCCACUGGCUACUGGAUUCAGUCACACUCCUCCAGUUAUCUCAUCAACCCACAUUCAAGAUGAAAAGAUUAUAGAACCAGCUGAAAUUAAGAUAGAGGAGUCUGACCAUCCAGUGGUCAAAGAAAAACCUGAGACUGAGGAAGAGGAAGGCGAUCCUGGAGAAAAAGACAUGAAGCAGGAAUGUGAGGCUGAGACAUCUUCUGUUAAAAGUGAAACGAAGGAUAUUGAAAUUAGUGCAGAUGCAGAUCCAAAGUCCAUUUCAGAAAAAGGUUCUGAAGAAGAUGAAGAAGAAAAAUUAGAUGAUGAUGAUAAAUCAGAAGAGUCUUCCCAACCUGAAGCAGGAACUGCUUCUCAGGGGAAGAAUUUUGAUGAAGAAAGCAAUGCAUCUAUGAGCACUGCCCGGGAUGAGACCCGGGAUGGAUUUUAUAUGGAGGAUGGAGAUCCUUCUGUAGCUCAACUCCUUCAUGAAAGAACUUUCACUUUUUCUUUUUGGCCUAAGGAUCGUGUAAUGAUAAACCGAUUAGAUAACAUCUGUGAAGCAGUGUUGAAAGGGAAGUGGCCAGUAAACAGACGCCAGAUGUUUGAUUUCCAGGGACUUAUGCCUGGUUAUGCAUCAACAGCUGUGGACAGCCCCUUACAGAAAAGGACCUUUACAGAGCUUUCAAUGAUUGGUCAAGCUAGCAUCAGUGGUAGUGAGGACAUUGCUGCUUCUCCUCAAUUGUCAAAGGAAGAUGCACUCAACCUAUCAGUCCCUCGUCAGAGGAGGAGAAGGAGGAGAAAAAUAGAAAUUGAGGCUGAAAGAGCUGCCAAGCGGCGGAAUCUCAUGGAGAUGGUGGCUCAGCUGCGGGAGUCUCAGGUGGUCUCAGAAAAUGGACAAGAAAAAGUUGUAGAUUUAUCAAAGGCCUCACGAGAGGCAACAAGUUCUACCUCAAAUUUUUCAUCUGUUACUUCAAAGUUUAUCUUGCCUAAUGUCUCUACACCCGUGUCUGAUGCCUUUAAAACUCAAAUGGAACUGCUACAGGCAGGUCUCUCACGCACACCCACAAGGCAUCUGCUUAAUGGCUCCUUAAUGGAUGGAGAACCUCCCAUGAAGAGGAGGCGAGGAAGGAGGAAAAAUGUAGAAGGGCUUGAUCUGCUUUUCAUGAGCAACAAACGGACAUCAUUGAGUGUAGAGGAUGCUGAGGUGACCAAAGCUUUUGAAGAAGAUAUAGAGACCCCACCAACAAGGAACAUUCCCUCUCCUGGACAACUGGACCCAGAUACUCGCAUCCCUGUCAUCAACCUAGAAGAUGGGACCAGAUUGGUUGGGGAAGAUGCCCCUAAGAACAAGGAUUUAGUUGACUGGCUUAAACUACAUCCUACCUACACUGUUGAUAUGCCAAGUUAUGUACCAAAGAGUGCGGAUGUGCUGUUUUCCCCAUUUCAAAAACCGAAACAGAAACGACAUAGAUGUCGAAACCCUAACAAAUUGGAUAUCAACACCUUGACAGGAGAAGAAAGGGUACCUGUUGUAAAUAAACGAAAUGGAAAGAAGAUGGGUGGGGCUAUGGCUCCUCCAAUGAAGGACUUGCCCAGGUGGUUAGAGGAAAAUCCUGAGUUUGCUGUGGCUCCUGAUUGGACUGAUAUAGUAAAGCAGUCUGGUUUCGUUCCAGAGUCCAUGUUUGACCGUCUUCUGACAGGGCCUGUUGUGAGGGAAGAGGGGGCAAGUAGAAGAGGGAGAAGGCCAAAAAGUGAAAUUGCCAAAGCAGCUGCGGCCGCUGCUGCGGCUGCCUCCACUUCAGGCAUCAACCCGCUGCUGAUGAACAGCCUGUUUGCUGGGAUGGAUCUCACGAGCCUUCAGAGCCUGCAAAAUCUACAGUCUCUGCAACUGGCAGGUCUUAUGGGCUUCCCUCCAGGACUUGCAACAGCUGCUGCUGCUGCUGCUGCUGCUGGAGGCGAUUCUAAGAAUCCUGCCACCAUGCUCCCUCUGGUGUUGCCAGGAAUGGCAGGGUUGCCCAACAUGUUUGGACUUGGUGGGCUGUUAAAUAACCCACUCUCAGCUGCUACUGGAAACACCACUACUGCUUCCAGUCAAGGAGAACCUGAAGAUGGCACUUCAAAAGUGGAAGAGAAAGGAAAUGAGAAUGAAGAAGAGAACAAAGACUCUGAGAAAAGCACAGAUACUGUUUCUGCUACUGACUCUGCAAAUGGAUCCGUCAGUGCUGCUACUGCCACAGCUGGAUUACCCUCAAACCCUCUAGCCUUCAAUCCUUUCCUUCUGUCCACCAUGGCUCCAGGCCUGUUCUACCCAUCCAUGUUUCUACCUCCAGGACUGGGAGGAUUGACACUGCCUGGUUUCCCAGCAUUAGCAGGACUUCAGAAUGCAGUGGGUUCCAGUGAUGACAAGGCUGCUGACAAAGCUGAGGGAGUUCCCUUUAAAGAUGAAGAACACCUCGAAGGCAGUGAUGCUGAGGAAAGCCUAGAUAAGACUGCAGAUUCCUCCAUUUUAGAAGAUGAAAUAGCACAGGGUGAAGAACUAGACUCACUUGAUGGGGGGGAUGAAAUAGAAAACAAUGAAAAUGAUGAAUAACCAGUACCAGUUACAGUUAAAGUGUUUAAAACUUUUGACAAGUGGUAGUCCUACUGUUUACACUCACAGUUAAUGUUCAUACCUAGUUUUUAUAAGCUGUUCUGUAACAUAGUGUAGCAAAAAAAAAAAAAAAGUCUAAGUCAUGUUAUACAGAUGUGUCAAAAGGUAUCUUGGUCAUUAAGUAUUGUGCAGUGCAUUAUUUAUUAUCCCUAGGAGAGAUGAAAUUUGAGAGGUGAUCAUGUCUUUUUAAGGAAACUUACAUAAUGCUCUGCUUUUUUUUUUUCUUUUGGUACCAUUGGUAUUAUAAAAGCAGCAAUUUGUAACAGAGUGGCACUAAUAGAAGGAAGUGCUGCUUAAAGGAAGUAUGAAGUUAUAUAUUUAAUUUUUUAAUUUUAAUUUUUUUUUUUUUUUUUUUUUUGCUGUGAAGGUCAAGAUGAAAUUUACCAUACAUAUCAUAUUUGCUCAUUAUUUUUGACUGUAUGGGAGUUCCCACACUUGUUCACACACACACAUAUACACUAACACACACACACACAC